UCUUCACAACAAGUAAAAUCCUUCUUUCCUUCCUUGUUUUAGCUUAUCAAAUCAACUGCUAAGCUAGAAUGGCUUCAAAGAGCACCAAUAUGACCAUCAUUUUCUUUCUCUCUCUAAAUCUCCUCCUUUUCUCCUUGGUUUCCGCGACAAACCCUCAUUCAACAUGCCCUAUCGAUACCCUUAAACUAAAGGUAUGUGCCAAUGUGCUCAAUGGUUUGCUCGGGGUAAUUAUUGGAACCCCUCCUAAGCAGCCAUGUUGUAGCCUUAUUCAAGGCCUUGCUGAUCUCGACGCUGCGGUUUGCCUUUGCACUGCCCUUAGAGCUAAUGUCUUAGGCAUCAACCUCAACGUUCCUCUUUCUCUAAGCUUGCUUCUCAAUGCUUGUGGCUGCAACUACCCUUCUGGUUUCACUUGCCCAUAAAAACUGCUUGUCAAGCAACCUUAUCUUAUGCGAAAACGAUUUGAAUGCGCAACGUUCUAUUAGAAAAAAAAUUUACGUAUGUACUACAAUAUGUGUGUACUACUAUAUGUUUGUUUCAUAUAUAAGAAAUUAUAAAGGAGUGUAAUAAAUUCUCCUCCUUUGGUGAACGGUUAUGGUUUUACGAUGUUCUAUAGAUAUAUACUUGUAACAUAUAUCAUAUUGUGGAUUUGUGAUGUUCAUUGAUCAGCUAUAUAUAUGCUAUAUUGCGUAAU